UGGUUGCUUUCUGUUGUUCGGUUUCUUCUGUCUGCUUCUGCCUCGUACGUAUCAACCAACAAUGGUGUUUAGUUAGUCCAGUACGCGUCAGAUAGUCGAACAGGUUGUGUGUUAGUGCUCUGCCGACAGUUACUACGUUCGCAUAGCUUUUUGUCGCGGUUCUGUGUCUCUUGUGGAAAAUCGUGUUUUUUUUUGACAUUUCCGAACGAAUUUCUGCAUUUGUAAUCCACGAUUUUCAACGGUAACGAGACGGUCACGUGAAUUCUCAGGCUCAGUUCAUCAUGCAGAGAUCAAGAUUCCGUCACGACUGCUCUUUGUCGUUUAAAGCGGCCACAUAGGAAACAAUUUCUUGGGAUUCACCAUGACAGUGCUCACGUAAUGGUUUCAAUCGAUAGCAGUAUUAAACUUCAAAUGUCGCCCGUUUGAAUAUCUGUGCUUUGAUAUAUUAUUUUUGUCUAAAAAAAAAACAAACUUUACCGCAUUUAACACGUACAAUGUUUAACCGGAGUGCAACAUUGAAAGACGUCACAUUACUUUUUUUGAUAGUAAUUUCAUUUUUGGUUCCGUGGACAGUGUCGUUCGCCCAAGAAAGGGGUCGUUUUCGGAAAGCUCCGGUGCCUCAUCAUCUUACAUUCGUUACGUCGUCGCGAGAAAGAAAACCGAACAUCGUUCUCAUCCUGACCGACGAUCAGGACGUCGAGUUGGGUUCGCUUAACUUUAUGCCUAAAACUUUACGAGCUAUCCGCGACAAAGGAGCAGAAUUCAGACAUGCCUACGUUACAACCCCGAUGUGUUGUCCGUCGCGAUCGUCCUUGUUGACUGGGAUGUACGUACACAACCACAAUGUUUUCACUAACAACGACAACUGUUCGAGCGCUCAGUGGCAGGCCACCCACGAAACCAGAUCUUUCGCGACGUAUCUUUCCAACGCUGGAUAUCGCACAGGUUACUUUGGAAAAUAUUUAAAUAAAUACAACGGCUCGUAUAUUCCACCGGGCUGGCGAGAGUGGGGUGGUUUAAUUAUGAAUUCCAAAUAUUAUAAUUAUUCCAUUAACAUGAAUGGAAAGAAAAUAAAACAUGGAUUUGAUUAUCAGAAGGACUACUAUCCAGAUCUAAUAGCAAAUGAUUCGAUCGCUUUUCUAAGACAAUCAAAGAAGUACAAUAACAACAAACCUGUGAUGUUGACAAUGUCUUUCCCAGCUCCGCAUGGUCCAGAAGAUUCUGCUCCACAGUAUUCCCAUUUGUUUUUUAACGUGACGACUCAUCAUACCCCAUCAUACGAUUAUGCACCAAAUCCCGAUAAACAAUGGAUAUUACAAAUAACAAACAAAAUGAAACCUAUCCAUAAAGAAUUCACCGACUUGUUAAUGACAAAACGUCUUCAGACACUGCAAAGUGUCGAUUCCGCUGUAGAAAAAGUUGUUAAUGAAUUGGAUCAUCUUGGAGAAUUAGACAAUACGUACAUCAUAUACACUUCAGAUCAUGGUUAUCAUCUAGGACAAUUCGGUUUAAUAAAGGGUAAAAGUUUUCCAUUUGAGUUUGAUGUCCGAGUGCCAUUUCUAGUCAGGGGACCUGGAGUAGAGCCAGGGACUGUGGUAGAUGAUAUAGUUCUAAACAUUGAUUUGGCACCGACAUUUUUACAUAUGGCGGGUGUCGAAGCACCAAAUCAUAUGGACGGACGAUCUGUUUUGCCAUUGUUUCUCAACUCUAAAAGGAAAAAACUUAAGUGGCCUGACACAUUUCUAAUUGAAAGUUCGGGUCGUCGUGAGCCAGUUUCAGAAACGAAAGCUAGAGCUCAAAAGUAUCUUCUAGAAACUAAUUUAAUUAGAAAUGAUACUACAUCUUCUACAACUACUUUCAAACCAUUCUUAAAACAAUAUGAGUCACAUGAAGAUGAAGACGAUUUAGAAGAAGAAGCAGAUGAAGAAGAAGAUGAUGAAAUUGAUGAAGACGAUGUUAAAAGCACAAGUGAAGGAAAUCAUGAUGAGGUUAAUGUGGAUUUAAAGAUACAGACAUCAGAAGAAAUUGGUGAUCAAACAAUACCGUUGCCCAGUAUCGGUGCUGAGUCAGAGGUACAACUAGAUAAUCGUCUUACACCCCAAGUAUCUCCGGUCUUGACAAGUAAAAUUGAACGGCUAGAAUUUGAAUGUAAGCAGGACAAAUUACAACUACCGUGCAGGCAGGCACAGAAAUGGUACUGUCAGUUAGAAAACGGUCGAUGGCGUAAGCACAAAUGCAAACUUCAAAUUCCGAUGCCAGAAACAACGAAUUCCAAGAACUAUAAAAGAUGUGCCUGUUUUACUCAAGAAGGAGUUGUUUAUAAGCGAUUGCAUAUAAAUUCCACUCAAAAAGAUCCCCGUCUUAAGAAACGAGAUUCUUCAGUAUUAUUAUCACGUAACGUGAGGAAACAUGGACGUAGACAGGCCAAUUACAGAAACAGAAGAGAUACACUGAGACAAGUCAAUUCUGAAAUGAGAAACAUCAAAAAUAAAAUAAGCGGACUCGAACAGGCAGCUCAAUCGCCAUUGGCACAAAAUGCGUUACAAACAUCUAACUCAAUCUUGACGGACAAUCCUGGUUGUACUCUUCUACCAAACGGCCUAAUAAAUUGCACAAGUCUCUUCUACAGCGACAAAAAGACGUGGAAAAUUUCAAAAGAUCGUGUAGACGCAGAAAUCCACAAACUGCGACUGCAAUUGGAAGGUUUAAAGGAAUUCCGGAAGCAAUUGAAACAUGCAAAACCACAUUACGACUCUUCAGACGAAAACCGAUUCGAUUUUGGUCUAUCGAAUUCGGAUUUCUCCAAGAAUCCUCGCAAGCCGAACAAAAACUGGACAGUUGAUGAAACUCCAAACAAUAGAUAUAAUAUUAGAAAAAUGACGGUUAGCUACAACACUACUGAAAAAAGUAACCCAGAAAAUAAUACCCACUCAGAAACCUUUAGUAGCACUCCAAUGGAGCAUCAUCAGUCUAGCACAGAAGAUAUUUUUAAUAUUAAUAGCAUGGACACACUGGGCGAAAGAAACUAUUAUUCUACAAGUUCGCCGGAACAUACGUCAAAACCAUUAAAUCAUCAUCGUCACAACCAUUACCACCACAAACGAAAAAAUCCAUAUUCAAAUCACAAGCAUAAAGGUUUUAAUAUUAGUAGUACAAUUACCGAUUUACGGUCGACAACUUCUCGCACUACUGAAAACUAUUCAAUUACAACAGAAAAUUUACUCAGAGAAACCAACACGAUAGAAAUAUCUUUCUCAACUGAACUAGUUGCAAAUGAACCUUCAUCCACUUCAAGGAAACCAACUGAAUCUUAUUCGAGUACUACUACUACUAGGACAAACCAAUUUAAAAAACCUCCUACACUAGAUACUGAAGACAAGGAACCAAAUAUUAUGAAUGAAGUUUGUCAUUGUGAUAUUUCUCAUAAGCAAGCUGAAAAGGAUUUGGCAAAAGAAGCAAAACGGAAAUUGAAAGAAGAAAGGCUUAAGAAAAAGGAAAGAAAACAACGUAAAAAGGCCAAAUUGGAGAAAGAAUGUUUAGCUGAAAAAAUGAACUGCUUUAGUCAUGAUAACGAGCAUUGGAGAACGGAACCGUUAUGGACUUCCGGACCUUUUUGCUUUUGUAUGAAUGCUAAUAAUAACACUUAUUCAUGCGUAAGAACAAUUAACGCUACGCAUAAUUUUUUGUACUGCGAAUUCGUUACAGGAUUAGUUACAUUCUACAAUUUACGUAUAGAUCCAUUUGAGCUCCAAAAUAGAGUUAGUCAGCUAAAGCCAGAAGAACGGUCAUAUUUGCAUGAUCUACUAAAGACAUUAGUAGCUUGUAAAGGAAGAUCUUGUACUGUAGGAUCUCAUUCGCCAUAUCCCCCAGCUAGUAAAAUAAGAAGUCAUCUCUCUGCAUCCCCUCAAAAUCAGAAACAUCAAAAACAUAGAAAACUUGCUGAAGGUGUUGAAGCCACAGGUUUAGGGAGUUAUCUACAUAACAGGCAUAGACUUUAAUAGGAAGCAAAUUUGAAUGAAGCAAAUUCCAAAAUACACAUCGAAUUUCAUUCAACAAAUAUUCAACGCAUUUAAUCGUGCUUCAAUAUGCUUGUUUAUCUUCCAUGAAAAUAGACUGUUUUGUAAAGGCUGGUUGCAAUGUUAAAAAUUAACAUUGACAAAUAACAAUAAAAUUAUGAAUUGCUCUUUGCUGAUCUAGGUCAAGAAUGACAAAGCUCAUAAAAUGCUGAAAAUCUGGUCUUUAAGUUUUAGCAUGUUUUGUUAGUGAUACUAAAGUGUAAUAUUGUAAAUGUAUAUUAAUUAUUUAUUUUAAACAUGGUUUUAGAUCCCUG